CAUAAAUCGUGCUGCCGCUGCAGGCUGAAGAGCAUCAAACGCCGCCUUCACCUCGUGGUAUCCCGGGAUCACCUCUCGAAUCCCCCCUUUCCGGCAGCAUGUAUUUCUCAAGGACAUUUGUUGUUGCGGCCACCGCCUUGGCCUCCUUUGGCCGUGUUCUCGCCGUUCCUCUCGAGAGUGCCGCCGUCGAGGUCCGUCAGGAUGGCGAGGUGGCUCUUCCAGACAUUGAUCCUUCGAUGAACCCUGUCGAUGCCCUCCAGGAGCUCCAGUCCGCGGUCGAGGAGGCCAUGUCCCACGAGAACUGCAAGAGGGGGCCCAAAAAGUGCACGCUCGCCACCGCGCGGGUUCGCAAAGACUGGGCGGUCCUGACCAAGCGGGAGAGAAAGGACUACAUCAAGGCCGCCCAGUGCCUGCGCAGUCUUCCCUCCAAGGGCCCCGAGGAAUGGAGCGCGGCCCAGACUCGGUACGAUGACUUUGUGGCGCUCCACGUCAACCUGACCAUGUCCGUCCACGGAAGCGGUCUCUUUCUCACCUGGCACCGUGCCUUUGUCUGGUCCUACGAGACUGCCCUUCGCGAUGAGUGUGGCUACAAGGGCACACAGCCUUACUGGAACUGGUUCGCCGACGCAGAGGACCUGACCAAGAGCCCUGUCUUUGACGGCAGCGACACCAGCCUGGGCGGCGACGGUGAGUUUGUCCAGCACAAUGGCAGUCUCGGCGGUGCUCGCCACAUCUACCUCCCGUCCGGCGCGGGCGGUGGUUGCAUCAAGAGCGGUCCCUUCAAAAAUGCCUCCGCCUCCAUCGGCCCCUUCAACCCAGCCAUGGACGGCCUCGGCCCCGUGGUCCUGGACCUGUCCGACUACAACCCCCGCUGCAUCCAGCGCGACCUGAACAGCUACGCCAUGGGCAAAUGGUACACGACCGCGAACCUGCUCAACGUGACCAUUGGCGCCGCCUCGCGGACGCACCGCGCCUUCUGGUCCGAGGUCCAGGGCCGGUACCCGGACCAGUUCCUCGGGCUGCACACCACUGGCCAUUAUUCUAUCAAUGGCGACAACACGGACCUUUACUCGUCCCCCAACGAUCCCGCCUUCUUCCUCCACCACGCCAUGUUCGACCGCCUGUACUGGAUGCACCAGAUCCUGCACCCCGCCGAGGCUCGCGAGGUGGCUGGCACCCUGACGUUGCAGGACAGGCCCCCGAGCCGGAACGCGACGGUGGACGAUGUCCUCGACAUGGGCACCCUUGGCGAGAGCCACCCCAUCAAGGACAUGUUCGACACGCUUGGAGGGGAUCCCUUGUGUUACAUCUACUUGUAGGUGUGCGCCCAGGGAAGGGAGACUGUUAGAUGCUAGACUCGAGCUUCAAUGUCAGACUAGGCACGAUAUCUGCCACUAGGAUGCUUCCACUCGUGGCCACUUUGUAGUGCGGCGCAGCCAUGGGCUUGGUGAUGAAACGUAUGAGUUGAUUCGGGUUUGUGUCGGUUUGCCGUUCUCGCCUUCUCUGCCACGCUUCAUGGCGUGUCGGCGUCCGUAGUGACAGCGAUACUGGUAGCAAGUGAGGCAGACGCAUCUGGUCUGGCUGCCCUGAAUCCUGAUGCUGUGUUGGCCUGGCCAACCUUCGCGCUCCUGGUUCAGCUUUGCGCUGAGCUUUAGAGCGCCAAUGGCACCACUAGCCAGCCGUAAGAAGGAUGAUGAGUUAGCCG